AUGGAUGUCGAUGGUUCUGUUGACAGCCAAAGGCAUGCAGCAUGUGGAGGAGUCAUACGUGACAGAGAGAGAAACUGGGUUCCAGGCUUUAAACGCUCACUAGGAUUUUUACCUAGUAUAUUAGCUGAAAUUCAAGCUAUCUGUUUUAGUCUUGAAGUUUGCCAACAAUUUAAUCUCAGUCAGGUUACCAUCUGCUCAGACGCUGCUGAGGCUAUAUCUCUUCUUAGAAUCAAUGUUGAUGAUGACCAUCCAAUGUGUGCUGAAAUCAAUUCAGCAAGAGACUUCCUAUUCUCCAACUCCAACAUCAAACUAGCUUUUGUUAGGCAUGAAACAAAUAGGGUCAUGUACUGUUUGGCCAAGAAUGCUCACAUGGAAAGUGAUAAUCUAACCGUGUUGGCAAAUGUUCCUGCUGAAUGCAGCGACCUAGUUCUUACGGAUAAGCUACGGUUUGCUUAG